GGCCCGCCAGGAACCGGAAGUCGGGCGCGGAGACCAGGGCGCGGGCGAGGCCGGGGGUGUGGCCUCCGCGCGGCCUGAACUGCGGACCUGGGCGAGAUGGCGGCCACGGAGGGGGUCGGGGAGCCUGCGCAGGGCGGCGAGCCUGGUCAACCCGAGCAGCCUCCGCCACAGCCUCAUCCCCCGCCGCCCCAGCCGCCACAGGAGGACGAGAUGGCAGCUGAGGCCGCGGAAGCCGUGGCGUCCCCUAUGGACGACGGCUUCCUGAGCCUGGACUCGCCCACCUACGUCCUGUACAGGGACAGAGCAGAGUGGGCUGAUAUAGAUCCAGUGCCACAGAACGAUGGUCCCAAUCCAGUGGUGCAGAUCAUCUAUAGUGAAAAAUUCCGAGAUGUUUAUGAUUAUUUCCGAGCUGUUCUGCAGCGGGAUGAAAGAAGUGAGCGAGCCUUGCAGCUCACUCGGGAUGCCAUUGAGUUAAAUGCAGCCAAUUACACGGUGUGGCAUUUCCGGAGAGUUCUCUUGCGGUCCCUUCAAAAGGAUCUACAUGAAGAAAUGAACUACAUCACUACAAUAAUUGAGGAACAGCCCAAAAACUAUCAAGUUUGGCACCAUAGACGAGUAUUAGUGGAAUGGCUGAAAGAUCCAUCUCAGGAGCUUGAAUUUAUUGCUGAUAUUCUUAAUCAGGAUGCAAAGAAUUACCAUGCCUGGCAGCACCGACAGUGGGUCAUUCAGGAAUUUAGACUUUGGGAUAAUGAAUUGCAAUAUGUAGACCAACUGCUCAAGGAGGAUGUGAGAAAUAACUCCGCAUGGAACCAAAGAUACUUUGUGAUUUCUAACACUACUGGAUACAAUGGUCAUGCUGUAUUGGAGAGAGAAGUCCAGUAUACUCUGCAAAUGAUAAAACUUGUACCACAUAAUGAAAGUGCAUGGAAUUACUUGAAAGGGAUUUUGCAGGAUCGUGGUCUUUCCAAAUAUCCCAACUUAUUAAGUCAAUUACUUGAUUUACAACCCAGUCAUAGUUCCCCCUACCUAAUUGCCUUUCUUGUGGAUGUCUAUGAAGAUAUGCUGGAAAACCAAAAUCUAUUGUCACACAAGAAGUUAGUUGUACGUAAACUAGAGUUCUUUGGCUCACGAAACAGUAACAUUGCAGACAAAAAGCGGGUGUUUAUUGGAAACCUGGAAAACUGGGAGAAGGAGGUGGUGGAUGAGAGGGCAGUGACAGCAAAUCAGUGGUGUGUGAACACCAGAGAGAAAGUAGCACGCAGAGUUGAGACCGUGAAGAUGGAGAAGGGUGCAAUAGGCAUGCAGCACACUCCUGGUAGUGUAGACCUGGAGGACAGAAUCUGUAGGCAGAACCUCUUGAAGCGCAAGGUCUAG